AUGGCCGAGAUUGUGGAGAUGAUGCAUCUUGCUACUCAGAUUCACGACACGAUCUUGGAGGACGGGGACGAGCUCGACAAGGGAAAUCAGGCACACAAGAUGUAUGGAAGCACUACAGCAGGCAACAAGGUCUCGAUCCUCGCGGGAGACUUUCUUCUGUCGCGAGCUUCUGUUCUCUCCGCCUCCCUCAAGAACGUUGCGAUAGUAGAGGCUGUAGCGUUUGCCUUGCAGUCCCUGAUGGAAGGGCAAGUACAGCUGCACAGACCGACGUCAGAUCAGCCUUCGCUCAACCUCUACAUCAAGAGCACAAGGAGGAGGGGAGGGAUGCUGCUGGCCAAGGGGUGCGAAUCUGUCGCUCUGCUGACUGGCUACAAGCAAGGGGAUCAGAUGACUGAGGCAGCAAAGGAGUACGGGCUCAACCUGGGGAUCGCCUAUCAGAUCCUGCAGGACCUUAAAGUGACGGAGCACAACUAUGCCAAGGCCUUGCAGAAAGUGCAGAAAGAGCGUGCGCAAGAGCUGAAUGUGCCUCUGCAGACUGCUGGCCCACUGCUGUAUGCUGCAGUUCUCUUCCCCGAGCUUCAUGAUCUCGCGAAGAGAGGCUUCCAGAACGUGUCGGAGAUCAUCCAUGCUCGCUCCCUGAUCGACAGGUGCGAUGCGAUCAACGGCAUGAGACGCAUGGCGAACUAUCAUGCCACGUUGGCUCUGGAGGCGCUCGAGCAGUUCCCAGCGUCUGAAGCCAAGGAGGCUCUCAAGGUCCUCGUUCACUACGCGUUGGAGCAAGAGCAGCCCCGCCUGGUCCGAGCGAACUACUCCCCGGACGGAAGCUUCGUGCGAAACAGCGCGUCCUCUGCUUCAGCGCAUGCUGUUCUUGAGCGAUCGGAGAGCGUGGCGAAGCAAGAGCUGUACGGAGCUCUUGACAGGCUGUACGGGAGAGCGCGUCUUGGGGUCAACCUCGUGAAGGAUUCAUUGGUGUGGGGGGUGAUGGGGUUGAGGAACAGAGCUUCCAACGACAUCAACCGUCUCCAUCGGGUUGCCAUACGUGAUGCUGUGCUGCUGUAUGGCAAGGGGGUCGACGUUCCUUCCGUCGUCAAGUUCGUCAACGAGCAGUGCGCGUUCAAGGUGUCAGCACUGGAGGUAGAGAAGAUGCUGCAUGAGGAGAUUCAGUGGCAGUUGAGGAACGGGAUCGAGACCGCCGAAGAUAUCGACAUCUUGGCUGGCAAGGGAGUGAGUGUUCCAGAGUGGCCGGGGGAGGAGAAGAUGGCAUGAAGGAUUCGUAGAUGUUAUUGAUUCUCUACAAGAUGUUGCCGACAUGAUCAGUCAUUGCAGUCAUCACAUUUACAUGUAAAUUUAGGAACUCAGAGCAAGCAAACAGUAAACGAUUGGUGGAAAUC